UCUGGAAGGCCACAUGGCGGGAAAUUUAAAUGUUCGCGAGCAUAACGUAACUACUUUUUUAUUCAGUUCAGUAUCGAUGUCCCCCUCUUCAUCACACCUAACCUUACUGUAACCAAACGCAAUGAAUCAUAUGAGGAACAUUAAAGAAAUGCUGAGCAUCCCAACUGGAAGCAGGAAUGUGGCUACCAGUGGCUACUCAAGUUUCACAGACUCUCAGCUUUUCUUUGGGACUCAGUUUUGGCCUGAAAAUUCUCAAGGCACAUCUCAAGAUAUGAGUUUGUCAACAAGGACCUCCCAGCAAAGUUCACAAGAGGGAAGUGACCCAAAGUUUAUCAACACUUAUCACACCAAACCUCUCCUGUUUGGAGAAUUAAAGGACAAAAACAAAGCUUUUGGAAUAUUGGAUAAAUUUGAGGAGGACAAGAAAAGGGCAAAAGAAAAAACUGACAGUGAUAUUUUAGCCAAAGAAUGUCGUCAUUUUCGAGAAACUCUCAACAAUAUCCAGCAGCUGGUCGCUGGCACAGAGAGAAACACUGCUGUGUGCCAAACAGUCCUUCAAAAAUUUGACAAUUUUGUGUCAACAUUGGAAAAUAAUCUUAACAGUUUUCACAGUGACAUUUCCCAGCAGUUUGAGACUUUGCUGAAUAAAGUCAACUCCCAGAAAGAGAUGAUAACUGAACUGGAGGAGAGGGUGCAAAAGAGUGGACACACCACAGCAGAACUUCAUUCAUAUCUUCAAAGCUUAAAUAAUAGUCUGGGGUGUCUCAGAGGGGAGCAGGAGAGAGAACGAAACAUACUUGAAGAGGCUCUGAAGCUGCUCAGCACCUUAGUCUCAGAGCACUCAGCCAAACCCAGCGCUGAGAGAGUGAUGGACAGCACCGUACAGACGUCACCAGGGCUGGAGAAGCCACACUCCAACAUGCUGCAGGACAACACGCUCAAGGGCACACAGCUUACAUGUAUGUCAAACAACCGUGAAUACAAUCAAACUGUUUUUCCCUCUCAGGACCCCAGCGGCAUAAUAGGAAAGAGGAAAUUCACUUCUAGAGGCUAUAGGAGACACAAAAAGAGGCCGCUGGUUCUCUCACAGAAGAGUAAGCGCUCUGUCACGGAUGAAAACAGUCAUGUUCUCACAAACUGUAACAAACGACAAAAUGUUUCAGCUCCUCUCUGUGAGCGUCGUGAUGUGAACCGGGUAACCUGCCAGGAUAGUCUUACCCCAGACUGUCUGAUACCAUUGAACAGAGACACGAGAUCCAUGGCUGCGGGAUGUUUCAUCACCCCUCUCAGCUGCUGGUCUCAGGACAGCAACAGCUCUGUGUACCUCGCAGGAAUCGAUUCCACCUUAGAAAAGGUAUCGGCUGAGUCCAGGACGGGGACCCGAGCGGAACCCAAAAGCCUCUGGCAGCUUUUUGACAUUGAUUGUGAUUCUGAUUUAGGCUCUUAGAGGAUGAGUGAAGGAUUCA